UCCAAACAUUGCUUUCAAUUCUUUGAUAUAGCAUUUGAUCAAAUCAGUAUUCAGCUUUCCAAUUAAGUUUCCAUUAAGAAUUUGAUGCAAGCAUGCAUGUAUAUAUAAGUCUAUAACUUCUGCAUACCACAAUACAAAUAAUCAAGAAGAACUUAAAUUCAGCACAAAAUUAUAAAGCUAUGACUAACAGUGAACACAUAUUUUGUGUGAUGUAUGAGAAAUUCAAACCUCAUAUUUUGAUGGUGUUUGUUCAGGUGGCUUUUGUGCUUCUCUAUUUCCUAGUAGAGGCUUCAUUUAAUAAUGGAAUGAACCCUCAUGUCUUCGUUACGUAUCGUCAUGCUGUUGGAGGCAUAGUAGUGCUUCCUUUUGCUUAUUUUCUUGAAAGAGAAACAAGGCCGAAGUUGACAAUGACACUAUUCAUGUGGCUCUUUCUUCUUCCCCUAUUCGGAAUAAGUCUUACCCUGAACAUGUUUUUCGUAAGCUUGAAAUAUACCACUCCUUCAUUUGUAACAUCAAUGAUCAACACAAUCUCAUCGCUUACAUUCAUAUUUGCGGUUGGAUUCAGGCUUGAGGCUGUUGAUUUUAAGAGCCCUCGUGGGAUUGCGAAAAUCUUUGGAACUGUAUUAUCUUUGACUGGUGCUAUGGUAAUGAUUUUAUAUAAAGGACAUACCAUACAAAGCUUAAAGGGUGCUCCGCUCCAUAUUGGAAGCAAAACGGCUCAUAAUAACUGGAUUGAGGGAUCAAUUUUAACUGUUGGAAGCUGCAUAUCAUGGUCUUUAUGGUUCAUACUGCAGGCAAUCAUUGUGAAGAAAUAUCCAGCACAACUGUCACUAACAGCGUGGGUAAAUUGCAUAGGUGCAGCACAAUCUGCUGUCUUUACAGCGUUCCUGCAACACAAACCUAGUGUGUGGUUCAUAACAUCAAGGAUUGAACUCUUCUGCAUUUUAUACGCAGGAGUUAUAUGUGGUGGUUUGAUUAUCUACAUUCAAAUCUGGACCACAGUAGAAAAAGGGCCAGUCUUUGUGAGUAUGUUCAAUCCCCUUGGAACAAUAUUGGUGACUGUGCUAGCAUAUUUUGUUUUGGGGCAACAACUUCACGUUGGCAGUAUAUUGGGAGUACUCAUUGUUAUCAUGGGUCUAUACUUGCUUUUAUGGGGAAAAGAAAGUGAUGGAGAUUACAAGCCACAACAAUCCUUACCGGCGGAACAUGAGGAGAAAGAUUGCAAGGCACGACAGAUAAAGGCUUCAGUAGCAUAGGUAGCAUAAAUGAGUCAAGCAUAGAGCUCGGGUUAACACAUGUUGAAAUAUGCACCUAUUAAUUUUAAGAAUAACUAAAUCAGUGAAGUAUGCUAUGGAUAACUGUAGGAAUAGAGAGCUUCUUG